AGUGGAAAACCUCUAGUGAAUUCUCCCGCAAUAGAAGGCCGUAAAAUUAGACCUUGAGAGGCAUUUGAGGUAAGGUAGUCUAUAUACUUCAGAUAUCUCUGAAGGCUUUUGAGUGUACCAUGCUGUUUUCCUGGAGAGGAGGCCCAGGAGCUCGGCUUUUGCUACUCUCGCUUCUGUUCCUUGUAGUCUGGGUGGCGGGGAGCGGCCAGGUCCACUACUCGGUUCCGGAGGAGGCCAAACACGGAACUUUCGUGGGCCGCAUAACGCAGGACCUGGGGCUGGAGCUGGCGGAGCUGGUGCCGCGUCUCUUCCGGGUGGCAUCCAAAGGCCGCGGGGACCUUCUGGAGGUAAAUCUGCAGAAUGGCAUUUUGUUUGUGAAUUCUCGGAUCGACCGGGAGGAGCUGUGCGGGCGGAGCGCGGAGUGCAGCAUCCACCUGGAGGUGAUCGUGGAUAGGCCGCUGCAGGUGUUCCAUGUGGAGGUGGAAGUUACAGAUAUUAACGACAACCCGCCUGUGUUCCCUGAAAGUGAAAAAAGAAUAAUCAUUGCUGAAUCUAGACCUCCGGAAACUCGGUUCCCACUAGAUGGCGCAUCUGAUGCAGAUAUUGGAGUAAACUCCGCCUUGACCUACCGAGUCUAUCCCAACGAUUAUUUCACUUUGGACACACAAAACAACCGUGAACAAAUGUCUUCGUUAUCACUUGUGUUAAGGAAAUCACUGGACAGAGAGGAAAUUCAGGAACAUAGUUUAUUAUUGACAGCUAGUGAUGGAGGCAAACCCGAGCUGACCGGCACAGUUCAGCUGCUGAUUACAAUCCUGGAUGUGAAUGAUAACGCCCCAGAAUUUGAUCACUUAAUUUAUAAAGUGAGAAUGUUAGAGAAUGCAUUUAAUGGAACAUUAGUGAUCAAACUAAAUGCCACAGACCCUGAUGAUGGGACAAAUGCAGACAUAAUCUACUCAUUUAGAAGACCUGUAUCGCCUGCAGUAUUAUAUGCGUUUUCCAUAAAUCCCGGCAGCGGAGAAAUUCGGACAAAAGGUAAAUUGGAUUUCGAAGAAAAGAAAUCGUAUGAAAUAUCCGUGGAAGCAAUUGACAAGGGGAAUAUUCCAAUGGCGGGUCAUUGUACCAUUUUGGUGGAAAUAGUAGAUAUAAAUGAUAACGCCCCAGAAGUUACCGUCACUUCUUUGGCUCUUCCGAUGCGAGAGGACGCUCAAGUGGGCACUGUCAUCGCCUUGAUCAGCGUGUCCGACCGUGACUCCGGCGCCAACGGGCAGGUAACCUGCUCCCUGAUGCCCUACAGCCCCUUCAAGCUGGUGUCCACCUUCAAGAAUUACUAUUCACUAGUGCUUGACAGCGCCUUGGACCACGAGAGCGCGGCGAACUAUGAGGUGGUGGUGACAGCGCGGGACGCGGGCUCGCCUUCCCUGUCGGCCACAGCCAGCGUGUCCGUGGAGGUGGCCGACGUGAACGACAACGCGCCCGCGUUCGCGCAGCCCGAGUACACGGUGUUGGUGAAGGAGAACAACCCGCCCGGCUGCCACAUCUUCACGGUGUCGGCGCGGGACGCGGACGCGCAGGAGAACGCGCUGGUGUCCUACUCGCUGGUGGAGCGGCGGGUGGGCGAGCGAGCGCUGUCGAGCUACGUGUCGGUGCACGCGGAGAGCGGCAAGGUGUACGCGCUGCAGCCGCUGGACCACGAGGAGCUGGAGCUGCUGCAGUUCCAGGUGAGCGCGCGCGACGCGGGCGUGCCGCCUCUGGGCAGCAACGUGACGCUGCAGGUGUUCGUGCUGGACGAGAACGACAACGCGCCCGCGCUGCUGCUGCCCGGGCCGGGCGGCGGGGCGGGCGCGCUGAGCCAGCGGGUGGCUCGAUCGGUGGGCGCGGGCCACGUGGUGGCGAAGGUGCGCGCGGUGGACGCGGACUCGGGCUACAACGCGUGGCUGUCGUACGAGCUGCAGCCGGCGGCGAGUGGCGCGCGCAGCCCGUUCCGCGUGGGGCUGUACACGGGCGAGAUCAGCACGACGCGCGCCCUGGACGAGGCGGACGCGCCGCGCCAGCGCCUGCUGGUGCUGGUGAAGGACCACGGCGAGCCGGCGCUGACGGCCACGGCCACCGUGCUGCUGUCGCUGGAGGACAGCGGCCAGGCGCCCAAGGCCUCUUCGCGGGCGUCGACGGGCGCCGCUGGCGCGGAGGCCGCUCUGGUGGAUGUGAACGUGUACCUGAUCAUCGCCAUCUGCGCGGUGUCCAGCCUGUUGGUGCUCACGCUGCUGCUGUACACGGCGCUGCGGUGCUCGGCGCCGCCCAGCGAGGGCGCGUGCGGGCCCGGGAAGCCCACGCUGGUGUGCUCCAGCGCGGUGGGGAGCUGGUCUUACUCGCAGCAGAGGCGGCAGAGGGUGUGCUCUGGGGAGGGGCCGCCCAAGGCAGACCUCAUGGCCUUCAGCCCCAGCCUUCCUCCUUGUCUGAGUUCUGCAGAGGUAACAGGUGAAAUAGAACCAGAUUCAGAACAGUUGAAAGAGCCCCGACAACCCAACCCUGACUGGCGUUACUCUGCCUCCCUGCGAGCAGGAAUGCACAGCUCUGUGCACCUGGAAGAGGCUGGCAUUCUACGAGCUGGUCCAGGAGGGCCUGAUCAGCAGUGGCCAACAGUAUCCAGUGCGACACCAGAACCAGAGGCAGGAGAGGUGUCCCCUCCAGUCGGUGCUGGUGUCAACAGCAACAGCUGGACCUUUAAAUACGGACCAGGCAACCCCAAACAAUCUGGUCCCGGUGAGUUGCCAGACAAAUUCAUUAUCCCAGGAUCUCCUGCAAUCAUCUCCAUCCGGCAGGAGCCUACUAACAGCCAAAUUGACAAAAGUGACUUCAUAACCUUCGGCAAAAAGGAGGAGACCAAGAAAAAGAAGAAAAAGAAGAAGGGUAACAAGAUCCAGGAGAAAAAAGAGAAAGGGAACAGCACGACUGACAACAGUGACCAGUGAGGUCAUCUAAUGGAAACAAGCCACUUAGCCAGUUUUUGUAAUAAUGGCAAAUCUCUCCCAUGUAGCAACUCCCUACUCCUUUUUCCUAUCCACAUGAGCCCUCUCUUAUAGACCUCAGAAAUCUGCAGAAAGUUCCCUAUGUCUGUCUAGAUCACAUUUAACAAGUUUUGUCUUAAAAGCUUUACUAAGUCUGGUGUUAACUCUCUCUCUCCACUCUGGCUUGUUUUCAGAACCUAAAAAGCAGACCCAAGUCUCCUUUCUCCUCCGCCACAAAGGAGAGGCUUCCCAGCCCCGCCAGUGAGAGGUUGGACUCUCUGCCCUGUGCUCCGGGGAUCCUGUCUUGAUGACACUUUCAGGGCAGGCUGAAAGGUUUUGAGAUUGAGCAGCUUGAGUGUCUGUGGCCGCUGGGUAUGUGUGGCCACCGGGGAAUAUGUUGGCUGGGAUGGGCCAGAUUAGACUAGGAGGGCUGGGAAACAAAGGCAAAUCAACAGUGGGAAAUGUGAAACGAAAAGGUACCAGACUUUCUAAAUCUUACAGCUGAAGAGGCGGUGGCCACCCUCUAGCAGACAAAACUCCCCCCAUUGACAAGGCUUUAGGAAUCCCUAAGUCUCUUGGCUGUGGUGUCAUUAUACCUAAAACCUGCAUUUUACCUACAAGCCAAUAGUUCAGUGUUUAACAGGGGGCCAACCAGGGCAACAGAAGCAGAUCUGAUGUGUUUCCUGUAUAUGUCCUUGUGCUCACUUUAUUAAAAAUUCUUUUGCACACAAUGUUAUGAAAAGGUCAGAUUCUUUUCCGACAACACAUAUGCAAAAGCAAAAGAAAACCCCAGCACCUCACUUUAUGCUGUUUGUUGAUAGAUUUAUUUAAAAAAGAGAAAAUCUAUAACUAUAAAUCUUUAAAGAGAAAUAUGAUGAAUUCAAUUCCCCUAAACUAUCCUCGAAAGAGAAUUCAGUCUACAGCCAUUUAAAUGAUCAUUGCUGCUACAGAAGUGCUUUAAGAGAAUUGCCUGAAACAUCUGUAUUAUACCAGCCAGCUGCCAAUCACAGCUUUACUCUUUCAGGUCACUCUGGGGCUGCCUCUUGCAUGUAUUAAUUACUAAAUAAAUGGAUCUUUCUCUCUCUGUUUUCUAAGAAACAAUUAUGUGCACUUUGAAUACACAACCUUCUCUAACCAACUAUAUCAAGACCCAGAAAUUGAAGAAAAAUGUUGUUUUCUCAUACAUACAGUGAGCAGACUUUCCAAUCCUCUAAUUCUGUGAUUUGUCUUGGUGUGAUCGCCAACACCUUCUCUUUGGUUUAGUUUUCCUUUUCUAUAACACUCUGAAUUGCUAAUCUUGCUAACACCUAUGAUGUUACCUGAGCUCAAUCUCCCAUAUGUAUGCUGUAUGCUAUUAUAAGACUCCUGAUAUAUAUUUACUCUGUGCUUGUGUAUGUGAAUGUUACUGCAACUAUUACCUAGAGUGAACUUUAAGCUUUAUUGUUGAAUGUAAUUCCAUUAUAUUUCCUUUUGUACACCUGUGAAAAAGUGCAGUAGAGUUUUUUUAACCAUUGUUAAUCAACUUUUGUGUAUGAAAGACACAGUAAAAUUUCUUUCUUAAAUCAA